AUGCCCGUAGCAACAGGAGGCAUCCGGGCGUUCCUCCGGGAAAACCUUCUCACAUUCCUGACUGUGAUCGGCGUGGUGGCGGGCACGCUCCUAGGAUGCGGGUUGCGGGCUUCGGGACACGAGUUCACGCGGCGGGAGGUCAUGUACUUCCAGUACCCUGGAGAGCUGUUCCUGAGGAUGCUCAAGUGUCUAAUAGUGCCAUUGUUGGUGUCUUCUAUAGUGUCGGCUAUUGGCUCGCUAGAUUUAAGCCUUUCUGGCAGGGUGGGUCUCCGGGCGAUCGUGUACUACAUGACGACGACAGUGUGCGCCGUGAUGCUGGGCAUCGCGCUGGUCACCACCAUCAAGCCCGGCAUAAGCUCCUCCAACUACCAGCAGCCGAACACCACGAAUAAGGUGCUCACCAAGGACACGCUAACGUCCGACACGCUGCUGGAUCUCAUAAGAAACGUGUUCCCGGAGAACAUCGCUCAAGCUACAAUCGCGUCCUACAGAACUAAACUCACUUACGAUGGAAUCGAAAAAGGAGCCAUUAAAGGCCACCCAGAGACGUAUAAAAUCGACGGCGAGUAUCAGCCUGGCAGCAACGUGCUGGGGCUGGUCGCGUUCAGCAUCCUGCUCGGCAUCACACUGGGGAAGAUGGGCGACCAGUCGAAACCGCUGCAGGACUUCUUUCAGUCCAUGUCGGAGGCCAUGAUGAUUAUCACUGGCUGGGUUAUUUGGCUCUCCCCCCUCGGCGUCUUCUUCCUAGUAACAGCCAAGAUCAUGGAGAUCGACUCGUUCUCGGACCUGGUGGGCCGGCUGGGCAUGUACUUCAUGACGGUGCUGCUGGGGCUGUUCCUGCAUGGCUUCGGCACCCUCAGCAUCCUGUUCAUCUUGGCCACCAAGAAGCUGCCGUGUCGGUACAUCGCGAAGAUGGGGCAGGUCAUGGCCACUGCGUUUGGAACUGCUUCUAGUUCAGCAACCAUGCCGAUUACGAUAGGCUGCUGCGAUGACAUGGGGCUGGACCCUCGCAUCACGCGCUUCGUGAUCCCCAUCGGCGCCACCAUCAACAUGGACGGCACGGCGCUCUAUGAAGCCGUGGCCGCCAUCUUCAUCGCGCAGCUGCGCAAGGUCGACAUGUCUUUCGGCAAGAUCAUUGCUGUGAGUGUGACUGCGACGGCGGCGAGCAUAGGCGCAGCGGGCAUACCCCAGGCCGGGCUGGUCACCAUGGUCAUGGUGCUGGACACCGUCAACCUGCCCGCUGAGGACGUGUCCAUUAUUCUCGCGGUCGACUGGCUGCUUGACCGAUUCCGGACUACGAUCAAUGUGGUGUGCGACGCGCUGGGCGCCAUCAUUGUGACGUCACUGUCGCAGGGCGACAUCGAGAAGACCCGCGCGCUGCAGAACGACCGUGCUGAGGGCGCCAACACGCACGAACUUGCAGAGCUGGAGAAGGGCGACCAUUGAACGCCCGUGGGGAAGCCAUUACUUAUAUGCGCGCGAUU